AUGGGCCUGACAAUCUCCUCAGUAUUCACAAGAUUAUUCAGCAAAAGACCCAUGAGAAUACUCAUGGUAGGGCUCGACGCUGCCGGUAAAACCACCAUACUGUAUAAGCUGAAACUCGGAGAAAUUGUCACAACAAUACCCACCAUAGGAUUCAAUGUGGAAACUGUAGAAUACAAAAACAUUUCGUUCACUGUGUGGGACGUGGGCGGCCAAACCAAAAUCAGGAAACUUUGGCGGCACUAUUUCGCCAACACCGAUGGUAUUAUUUUUGUGGUAGACUCCAACGACAGAGAACGUAUUGCUGAAGCUGAACAAGAACUUCACAAUAUGCUGGGAGAAGAAGAAUUACGGAAUUCUAUUUUAUUAGUGUUUGCCAACAAACAAGAUUUGCCCAAUUCCAUGUCGACUGCUGAGCUAACUGAUAAAUUGAUGUUGAACACAAUGAAAAAUCGUAAAUGGUACAUUCAGGCUACCUGUGCUACUGCAGGAUCGGGUUUAUAUGAGGGUCUCGAUUGGUUGUCUAAUGAAUUGGCCAGUAGAUAA